GGGGUGCAGCUUGUUGGAUUGGGAGCACAGAGAACGAAGCUGGCUGUCACGUGCUGCGUAACCGCCGCGAAGGUGACAUGCGGUAUGAGGAGUUGAGCGGACGAAAGUAGUUAAUAAUGUGGGAAGCGCUUUUCUGUUGAAUAUAGUGGAAGAUUCGAGCGUUUUAAACGACGUCGAAAGAAGUUGCGGCUCGCGAAACGCGCGGUUGGAAGGGAAGCACGCGCUGGAGUAACCUCGUCAGUUGACUGAGACGGUGUAAAACCCACAGCGGACCUGUUACUAGAGGCGGUCAGACAGCCGCCCCAGGAGGAGAAAGUAAAAACGGGUCAUUUUGUACUGGUGCUGACCAGGACAGAAAGAAAACCACGAACAAGUUAUGGUUACCACAAAGGGAACCGAUCUGAACCCCAACGCCAAAGUUUGGCAGGAGGUUCCUGCCCAACAGGAUGACAUCCCAGGAGGAACAGAGGAUUCCCCUUGGCUGCAGACCUAUUCGCCUCCUACCGAGAUGACGGAUGGGUAUAUAGAUGUUCCUUCUCCAGAUACCAAAGGAGACUACUGCGACUAUCUGGAUAGCCCUAAUGAUUAUGUCCAUGUACCUCCAUGUACCGUGCAUGAAUUGGACCAGCCAGACUUGGGAUAUUUAACCUUUGACCCACAAGGCGAUUCUGCUACUGAUACUGAAGUAUGUCCAAAACAAGAGGUGACUGAAAAGAACUUGCGAGACUCUUUGAAGAAAGUGCUGGAGUUCUGCUUUUCUAGAGAGAACCUUUCUAAGGAUUUGUACCUGAUCUCUCAGAUGGACAGUGAUCAGUUUGUUCCCAUUUGGACCAUUGCAUGUAUGGAGGAUGUCAAAGCUCUCACCACUGAUUUGGACCUAAUUCUGGAUGUACUAAGAGCUUCUCCACUGGUGCAAGUCGAUGAGGAUGGUAAGAAGGUUCGGCCUAACCACAGUCGCUGUAUCAUUAUUUUAAGAGAAGUGCCAGAAACGACCCCAGUUGAGGAAGUAGAAUCCCUUUUUAAGAGUGAAAAUUGUCCAAAAGCGUUAAGUGUCGAGUUUGCUCACAACAGCAACUGGUACAUAACGUUUCAAUCAGAUAUGGAUGCACUACAGGCAUACAAAUACCUAAGAGAAGAUGUGAAAAUAUUCCAAGGGAAACCAAUCAUGGCUCGCAUUAAAGCCAUUAACACAUUCUUUGGAAAGAAUGGCUUCUGCAGCGUGAAUUCAGGUGUGUACCAACAGCCUGCCCAGCCGCAGGGCCAGUACACCUCUCCAGUGUAUAUGCAACAGGUGUACAACCCCCAGCAGCAGUACCCUGUUUAUCCUGUGGUGUCUUCAACAUGGAACCCCACUGUCGUCCCUCACUUUGAAACUCCACUGGCACCCUUUCCUAAUGGUGGAUUCAUGAAUGGUUAUAGCAAUCCCUGGAGCUAUAAAACAAACUCGAGUGCAAUUAGUGGGCAUCAUCCUUUAGGAAGGAACAGAAAUCAUGUAAAAUGUCAUCCUAGAUGUGGAGAUGUCACUCCUCCUAAUAUGGCUCCAGAUACCGUGACAGAUAGAAUCUGUAGUCCCUUGAGCCCGCAGGAUCUCCGAGCAUCAAAAACACUGUCUGACAGCAGAACACAGUCAGUGUCUCUGUCCUCCUUUGACCCUAAAGACACUUCGUCACUGGCCGUCAUAUCAAGUAGAGAUCUGAGCCGGCCUGGACGAGAUCGGAGAAGCAAUCAUAGAGGAAUGAGAAGGAAAAGAGAAGAUGAGCAUACCUUGAAACCUGACCCUGUGGCAGAGGCCAAGCCAACUCCUAACUUUGACCUGGCAGCUACCAGUUUUCCUCCCUUGCCAGGAUCUCUGGUCACUGUGCAAGGAGACACUUUGACAGAGGUGCGCCUUUCUGAUGUUGUCCGAGGCAUCAAGGUUCCAACCAAGACUGGGAACCACGAGGACCUGACACAAAAUACAAAAGCUGUAGAAAGCCCUGUUAUCAAGCAAGAUGCUGACAGUGUAGCUUCUAAACCUGCUCUUGUUAAAACAGAAACGGCAGCUGUACCAGCAUCAAGUGCUACUCCACCAGCAACAAAAGAGGAUCAAACUGAACAGUUCAAAGCAGAGGAAAAGAUCUCUCCAUCCACACAACCUGUUUCUACAGCAGCUUCAGAACCGGCUCCUACUGUGUCUGCUCAGGCUGUUCCUGCAGACAAAAACAUUCUCUCAGCUCCAGAAUCUGAACAGGGUCAAAGAAAGCUCAGCUAUGCAGAGGUGUGCCAAAGACCAGCCAGAGACCCACUACCAGUGCAGCCACGGUCUGCCUCCCCUCCUGCUUCUUCAGACAGCCAGCCACUGCAAGAGCUCAUGGUGAACAGAGUCGAGGCGCCUCGUCUCAACUCUUGGCAUGCUCCAGAGAAAGCUGGAGAUAAACGGCCUCCUCGGCAACAUUUACAUAACUUCAGGGGGGCGCCUGGUCAUGCCAGAGCGAGAGGUUCAGGGUUGAAGACACGGGAGCAUCAAAGGGACAAAUGGUUUUCCACGCCGCGGGGAGGCAAACGCGGUGGAAAGGAGCAAAACAUUCCCCCCAAUUCACCAAAAUAAUUUAAAAUGAAACUUAAGACCAUAACUAGAACUGAAAGAGUAACUAUAUAUAUAUUUAUAUAUAUGUAAAUAUGUACAUAGACAGAUGAAUAUGGAUAUUUCUUUUGACUUGGUCAAAGAGUCUUUUAUGUUGCAGACACCUAUUGUGUAGAACAUAAACGUCAAGUAAUAUCAAGCUUUUCUGAGAGUAAAUGUAUAUUUGUAAUAAUGUAGCUUUACUCCACUAACAGUGAAACAAAGACAUCAUCAGCAGGUGUCAGCUGUUCUGUCUUGGGAGUUUUAUUUGGGUUUAUUUGUGAUGAAGGCAGGAGUUCCUCCCUUGAAGUUUUCUCAGCUGAAGAAACUUUUUAGGCCAAGAAAGCUUUGAGAGGGAGCAAUGAAACGGGCAGUACUGCUCUUUAAAACUUUUAGCACCAGAGUGUCCUAAAGUCUGGUCUUGGACUUUGAAAUUGUGUCUCCACUUUGACAUUCAGCGACUAAAUGUCAUAUUUCACCUUGCUAAGUAAUUUAACUUGGAUUUGUACAAAUGCUUUAAUAAAUGGAACAAAGGAGAUAGAAAGGCUUUUUGUAGAGCAAUUUAAAUGGUUUGAGAAUUAGAAAAAAGUCACAAUUGUGCAUCUUAAGCAUUUUUUGUUAAUUGAAUUUUGUGUUAAUGUUAAAUAAUCUUGUGAAAGAUGUUUAGUUCUUGAUCAAGGGAUAGUUAUUACUUUUGUAAAAGCUUAAAAUGAUUGGAAGUAGUUGCUGGAAUUUGAAUCUUGGUGUACAAAUAAUGCUAGUAAUUGCUUUGGAAAUGUUUUUUUGAGUAACUUUGCAACAG